AUGACCAGAUCCCAUUUCCUAACCAUCACAGCCCAUCUAGUCCUAUUGCAAUCGGUUACCUUGAGUAUGUCCCUGAACGCUAGCGGCAUGUCGUCCGCUGCUGAUGGCGCAAAUGCGCUGUCCGACACCAUUUGCCUCAAUUCCACUCUGACCAAUGUCGGUCAUCUCUUCAACCGACCGGUGCACCCGAACUUCAUGUUGGAGUACAGUAACGUCCGUGCUGAGCCCUUCCCGCAGCCAGGACCCGUCGAGAAGGUGCUGCGGCAGAUGCCUAACCCGGACUGCGAUAACCAAGAUGACAUGGAGACUACGAUGGUUCAUAUGAAGCGUGCUGUGCUCUCCGGAGUACAAGCGGACAUCGCUGCCAUGGCGCCGUCAGCUGCGGAGCAACCCAAGAGGUUUGCCGAGGUUCUGUACAGAAACGUAUACAUUGAUGCGGAUCAGAACACUAUCGCUAAGAACCGCCAGAGCAAUAGUCAGACCGCCCAGCCUCUUUCUGAAGCCCAGCAGACUAUCAAAGCAUCAGCCACUGCAUCAACAGCACUACCUACGAACGACCUUACCUUCAACAUCGGAGCCUCAACCCAGCAGCACAGUGGACAUACAGCAAAAUACUUGGCGGCUGCUGGCACACUAACGACACCUUCCAAGGCCGGCAGGGCCAGUGUGCAGAUCGAGACCCAAACUGUCGGUCGGCAUGCUAAGGCUAUAGCCAAGGCCCAGCAGCCCGCCAUUGCGCUGCCAGCCAUUUUAGUACCAUCUACAGCCACCAUAACCGCAAGCUCGAUCCAGGAACAGAUUAAAUGCCGCCUAACAGACGAAGAGGCUGCUUCCAUGCUGAUAUCCCUUUUCGAGUUUGGCACCAGUGUGGGGGUUACCACUGGCCAAACCACAACAGAGCGGCAGUGUGAGGAGAUCAUGAUCAACAAAGAGGCCGCUACUUUUUCUUAUUCCUUGUCGAAACCCAAUCACGUUGUUGCAGCCUCUGGUAAUAACAUUGCAGGUUCCGGCAGUACUAGCAAUGCCGCCAGGCAGGACACUCCCACCCAUCCUACUAGAUCGUACCGGCUCGGUCUGCUUUCCAUGCCUAGGCCCGGUGCUGUCAUCUUCCAUUCACUGAAGAAGACGAAAGCCAAUGAGGACAUUGGGGCCGGUGAAAAACGGAAUGCAAAUAAGCAGAAGACUACCAAUGAUGCGGCAACGAGUCAGGAGCAUCGGGGCAAGAAGCGCGGCCGUGACAGCCAGGGUCAGAGCAUCACCAAAGAUGCUACGAGGGUGGAGGAGCACCAAGCCAAAAAGCGCCGCCAUGUUCAACAGGACCAGUCCAAAGUCAGCUCGAAGACACCUCUUUCGCCUUCCCCUGUUCCUACCAGUAGCAACAAAGCCACCAAGAAGUAG